AUGCAUUUCCUCCUCCUCGGCGCCACCGGACGAACCGGCCAGCACGUCGUGUCCGAAUUACUCUCCCAAGGCCACACUGCUGUGGCCCUCGUGCGUCCCUCUGCAUCUACCAACCUCACUGCCCGUCCGGGCCUCACCAUCGCUGUUGGUUCGCCGCUGUCAAAGGCCGACGUAGAAAACGCCCUCCACGCGGCCCCGUCGCUGACACCCUCGGCGGCCAUCAUCACCUUGAACACGGUCCGCAAGUCCGACAGCCCCUUCGCGCCGCAGCUCUCGCCUCCUCGAUUCCUAGCAGACUCGUGCGCCAAUGUCUGCGAUGUGUUGCAAGCCGCGGGCAUUUCUCGCGUCGUCGUCAUGUCCACGGCCGGUGUGGGCGAUUCGUGGGCCCAGCUCCCCUGGCUGACCAAGGCGUUCAUGCGGUGGACCAACGUCAAGUACGCGCUCGAGGAUCAUGGGCUUGUCGACGAGGAGAUCCGAAGGACCGAGAUGGAUUGGACCCUGGUGAGGGCUGUGAGGUUGCAAUUCGACGAUCCGCUGCCCCCGACCCAGAAGUUGAUCGACACAGCCAGAGACGUGCAGACGCUGGGUAAUAGGGGUGUGGGGAUGAGCAUGGCUGACAGCGUCAGGGUGGCAAAUGUGGCGAGAUUCCUGGUCAAGGUGACGGUCGAAGGACUCUUUGUCAGACAGGCAGUGGUUGUGAGGGAUUGA